UCACAAGAUGUGCUCGGUUACAUUUAAAUAAAAGUUAUUGAUAUCCAUGACAGCGAAACAUGUUGUAAUAUUUGUUAAUUCUAUUGUAUUGUUAAAAAGCAAAAUUGUAAGAAACGAUGUUCUGAUACAAGUGCGCGAUAGACAUCUAUAAAUACUGUUUUCUAAUUGGGUUCAUACGAAUAGCCUAUUACAUUACGGUUACUUAAGGUCAUCCGAUUAUUAAACCGAGAUAAUAAUUAUAUGCAAUCUUCGUGCAAAGUGAAUAAAAUCUAUCGCUGACAUUUACAUGUAGUUUUACAUGUGAGAUUUAAACAUUUAUUUGUGGAAUGUACUAAUAGCAUAAGUAAUUUGGUGAAACUACUUUUCGUAUCAAAUUCGUUUCCUCUUACAAUUAUCUUCUGAAUAUUUAAUUGGAUAUUCACUGAUUUAAGAUACUUUCUAAAUACUUUUUACAUGUAGAAAGAACCUACACCUUUGUGUAUCACAUUGAUGAGUUUGUACAAAAAAAGAUCCAAAUAUGCAAAUAUUCACUCUAAAUUUCUUUAUAUAUACACUUUGUGGUAUAUGGCAACCUAUUGAGUGGUCUUCAAAUGUAGCAAAACUAUUGUAUAAUAUAUUUACUUUUAAUGUAAUAUUCUCAGAGUAUUUUUUGGUGUUAACACAAUUUAUGGAUAUAGUUCUUGUUGUCGACAAUAUUGAUGAUUUUGCCACUAAUACUCUAAUGUUCCUGACUAUUGUUGCUGUAUGUUGCAAAGCGACAGUCGUUGUAGUGCGACGAAAUGCAAUCAUCAAUUUGGUACAAGUAUUGUUGAAAACACCGUGUAAACCUCGUAACGAGGAUGAAGCAACAAUACAAACAAAGUUUGAUAAGUUUAUCAGAUCAUAUUCAAUAAAAUACGCACUUAUGGUGACAACCUCCUGUACAGGUGUCACAAUAGGAUCGAUUCUAAAUAUGAUGCAAGGACACUUGCCUUUACGAAUAUGGCUGCCAUUCAAUUUCAAUAUACCUAUAGUGUUCUGGAUUAUAUCUAUUCAUCAGAUUAUAACUCUAAUUUUCGCAGCUGUGAUAAAUGUGGGCUCGGAAACUUUAGUGUUCGGAUUGUUUUUGCAAACAUGUGCGCAGCUUGAAAUUUUAGAAAGUCGUCUUCACAAAUUAGUAAUUAAUAGAACAGUUAGAUAUUUAGAACAUCCAAUCUCUUCAUCGAAUGAAAAUAAAAUGGAAAUAUCGCAGUGCGUACAUCAUCAUCUCAGCAUUUAUAAAUAUGCCAAAAUGGUAAACGUUAUAUUCAAUCAAGUGCUAUUCGUCCAAUUCUUUGGAAGUAUACUGAUAUUAUGUACCAGUGUGUAUUAUAUGUCAACACAUAUUUCUAACCCGUCUGAAGCUGUGACUUAUUUAGUCUACACCAUUGCAAUGUUUAUACAAAUUUACAUUUAUUGCUGGUCUGGAAACGAAGUCAUUCUUAAGAGUACGAAUGUGGGAAAUGCUUUAUACUGCAUGGAUUGGCCACUACUAUCAUUUAACGAAAGAAAAGAAUUGUUGAUAAUCAUGUUACGGAGUACAAUUCCUAUAAAAUUCACUAGCAGCUUCUUAAUAACACUGUCUCUUCAAUCUUACAGCAAUAUCUUAAGAAUGUCGUACACAGCAUUCAAUGUACUUCAAAAGUGAAAUAUAAAUAAUUAUAAGUGUACUUAGGCAUGAUAAUUGUGUAGUUUGUCAUAAAUUAGUUAGUAAAUUCUAAAAUAUUUAUGUACGCAUUUAUUUUAACCUUAUUCUGUAUUACGAUUCUAAGAAUACUGGCACUAAUCCACACAUAUUUAUAUAUAUAUUUUUUUUAUACUGUAGUAUAAUGCAACAGUUUAUUUCAUGCACAACUAAUUUUAGCUUCAGCAUGGAGUCAAGGAAAAGAAGUUUCUC